GCUGUAUAACCUGUGCUCGCAAACUGUUCGAUGAAAUGCCUAAUAAAGACUUGAUUGCUUGGAACUCAAUGCUUACUGGCUAUUGUCAUCUGGGUCUUCACCAAGAGGCUCUUUCGUUGUUCAAUAGCAUGAGAGUCAACAAUAGCAAGCCCGACGACUUCACAUUCACCUCUGCAAUGAAUGCAUGCGCAGGCUCGUUUGAGCUUUGCCAUGGGCGAAAAUUACAUGCAUUGAUUAUUGUUUUGGGAUAUGAUUAUUCAGUGCCAGUGAGCAAUUCUCUUAUUGAUAUGUACGGGAAGUGUUUGAGCCCCUGUUGUGCCAAUAGAGUGUUUGAAGGGAUGGGUUUGAAGAAUGAAGUGUCAUGGUGUUCACUAUUGUUUGCAUAUAUGAAUGCUGCACAGUUUGGCAAUGGUCGUAGUGUGUUUGAGGCAAUGCCAAAAAGGGUGGAGAUUGCUUGGAAUACUAUGAUUGCUAGUUAUGCUCGAUGUGGUGAAAUUGAAAUGUGUUUUGAGAUGUUUAAGAAAAUGUUAGAGAAUUCCUGCUGCCCAGAUCAGUGGACGUUUAGUGCCCUAAUGAAUGCUUGUGCUGAGGCGCAACAAUUUCGUAAUGGCUGUAUUGUGCAUGCUUUUAUUGUCAAAAGUGGUUGGAGCUCGGCAGUGGAGGUAAACAACUCGAACCUUAGCUUUUAUGCUAGAUUAAGUGGCCGGGAGGAUGUUGUGAAGGUGUUUAAGUCCAUUCGAACUGUAAGUCAAGUGUCCUGGAAUGCGAUAAUUGAUGCUCAUAUGAAAAUAGGAGACACUCAGGAAGCAUUUCUUGCUUUCAAGCAAGCGCCUGAGAAAAAUGUUGUUUCAUGGACAUCAAUGAUCACUGGUUAUGCAAGAAAUGGUCAUGGAGAAAAAGCCAUAUUUUACUUCGCCGAUAUGCUGAGAAAUGGUCUCCAACCGGACCAUUUUACAUUUGGAGCUGUUUUGCAUGCUUGUUCUAACUGGGCAACACUAGGCCAUGGCAAAAUGGUCCAUGGUUGUGCAAUCCACUGUGGUUUCCAUGGCUAUGUUUAUAUUACCAAUGGUUUGGUUAACAUGUAUGCGAAGUGUGGGGACCUAGAAGGUUCAAGCCGAGCAUUCAGUUAUAUCCUUGAGAAGGAUUUGAUAUCAUGGAAUACAAUGUUGUUUGCAUAUGGGUUGCAUGGAGGGGCUAUCCAAGUUCUACAACUUCAUGAAGAUAUGAUCUCAUCAGGAUUUGAACCGGAUAAAGUGACCUUCAUAGGAUUGCUGAUGAGUUGCAGCCAUUCAGGGCUUAUAGAAAAAGGUAGGGCUUUUUUUGAAUCAAUGAGUUCAGUUUAUGGACUAACCCCCGAAACUGAUCACGUGGCUUGCAUGGUGGAUAUGCUUGGUCGAGGUGGAUACUUGGACGAAGCAAGAGAACUGGCUAACAAGUAUCUGGGAAUGCAUAGUGCAAGGAUCAGCUCGAGUGAAGCUCUUUUUGGAGCAUAUUCUGCACAAGCUGACAUAGGCAUGGGAGCAGGGCUCGGGGAAGAGCUGCAAAUUUUAGAGCCUCAAAAUGAGAUGAGCUAUGUGUUGUUGUCAAACUUGUAUUGUGCAAGUGGGCAGUGGAAGUCUGCAGAGAUGGUAAGGAAGGCAAUGGCUGAUCAAGGGGUCAAGAAAAUUCCUGGAUGUAGUUGGAUUGGCGUAGGAACAGAGGUAGCAGCUUUCGUGGCAGGGAGACAUUCACAACCAUAUAUGGAGGAGUUGUGUAAGAUAUUGAACUUUCUGGAACAUGAAAUGGGAAAUCCAUCCUCCAUGGUUGGGAUUGGAUUUACCUAAAUCAAGUUAGUUUCUUAUAGGAUAGGACAUUGUUUUCAGUGGUUUGCUAUACGAGAUUUACAUGUCCUUGCAUUGUUGGUCCACUCACUCAUUUAGAGUGCAUUUGGCGCGACUCCCAGAUGAGAUUUUCGGGUCAAAAACUCCAUUUAGAAAAAUGUGGAUUAUCCAAAAUCUAUAGCUUUACCGGUCAGUAUUUAGCCAAGGUAGACCAGCCAUCUGCAAGCUUGGUGCUAACCCUCCUUAGCAUCACCAAUCUCUCUCCAGAGGGGAAAACUAUUCAACACAUUCGAUGCCAGCUUCAGUUUCAAGAUUUGUAGUAGCAGAACAAUCCAAUUGCAUUCCUUUUGACCCCAUCUGGUGUGCUGCUUGUACAGAUUUUGAGCCCAAACACCAGUUUAGAGUAGAGGAUAAGAUUCAAUUAUUUUUCUAUCAAAAAUGUCAAGGGGACUUGUAGUUUGAACUUUGAAGUAGUAAACUAGACUUUCUGUUUCUUUUCUCAUCUUCUUGCAUCAGGUUAUAGACGUGCCAAAAGAUUCAUUCAUGUUUGCUUAAUCAGGCAAGCCAUUGGACAAUGAAGUGGACACCAGAGGGGGGAGAAACAAGACACUGAAAGCUUUUCAGCAUCCGAAUGGUGAAUAGGUAAUGCUUUCUAAGUUUUUCUGCUCAGGAUUGAUUAGAUAAUGGCGUGCCACCAAAAGUCCAGCUGUUGAUUCGGACUUGAAGAGGCCCAGCAUAGUAGCAUCUCAGGAACCAAUGCAGAGGAAGCUGUGAUCGGACAAACACCCAAACUGGACCUGAUUGUCAAGCACCUCUUGAACAAUUACUCCCUAAUGAUAGGAAAGAAGCUCACAGGAUGGAUCAUAGAGCUGCUUGAUUCUGGUUAUUACAAAAGGAGCAGCUAUGUCCAAUGUCUUUUACUAAUCCUUAACUUGUUUUUUGUUCACC